AUGAAGAAAUUCGGAGAUGAUUGGUCGGACAAGCCGAAUGACAUGCUCCAGUGGAUCAUAGAUGAAGUUGCGGCACGAAAUGAGCCUAUGGAGGAAGUCGUCCGUGUUGUCCUCCUGAUCAACUUUGCAGCCAUCCAUACCUCGUCAAGCAGUUUCACCCACGCGCUCUAUCAUCUAGCCGCCAACCCCGAAUUUAUUACUCCGCUCAGGGAGGAGAUCGAGGCUAUUGUCAUGGUAGACGGCUGGACUAAGAUCGCAAUGGGUAAGAUGUGGAAGCUUGAUAGUUUUAUGCGUGAGAGCCAGCGAUACAAUGGCAUCAACUCAAUCUCUGUCAUGCGCAAGGCCCUCAAGUCCUUUACGCUCUCCGACGGCACGUACAUUCCCAAGAACACUAUCCUCGUCACGCCUGCGCUCGCCACACACUUCGAUAACGAGAAUUAUAUGGACCCGACUGUUUUCGAUCCUUUCCGCCACGUCCGCGAGAAGGAACAGGACCUCUCUGCUUCCAAACACCACCCUGGUCGCUUCUUUGCGGCCAAUGAGCUGAAGGCGAUGAUGGCGCAUGUCAUCGUCAACUACGAUGUCAAGUUCGAAAAGGAGGGCAUCCGUCCGGAAAAUGUUUACACCGGGUUAACCAUCCAGCCGGACCCCGACGCUAAGAUCCUCUUCAGGAAGAGAGAGUCCUCCUUGAAUUAA